UCCCUUUGGGACCCCCUCAAAUGUGGUGCCCCUCCUGAGUCCCCCCCACGACCCCCCCCUUUAGGGACCCCCCCAGAACCUUCCCGCGACUUGUCCUUGCAGACCCCCCAGAAACUCCCCGGCGACCCCUCCCCUCUUGGGCACCCCCUUCCCCCCUUUUAGGAACCCCCCCCAAAAAAAUACUCCUGGGACCCCCCAAAAUGACCACCUCCAUGGGAAACCCCCUUCCGGGACCUCCCCUUUGACCUCCUGCUUUUUGGGUACCCCGUGAACCCCUUCCGUGAGCCCUCAGUGGGGACUCCCACGGACCCCCCAAUGAGGCCCCGCCCGUCUUGUGACGUCAUCAUUCGAAGCCACGCCCCCUGCACGGGAUGGGCGGGGCUGGGUCCAGGUUGUGGCUGGUUUAGACCAGUUUAGUACCAGUUUAGGGCUGGCUGGGAUGAGUAUGGCCCAGUCAGAUACUGAUUCGGCCCAGUUUAGCUCCAGUUUCUCCCAGUUUAGGACUGACUUGGACCAGUUUAGUGCAGUUUGGUCCCAGUUUCUCCCAGUUUUACCUCAGUUUACCCCAAUUUAGCCCAGUUUGACUCCAGUUUGGCCCAAGUUGUUCCUGCUUUCUCUCAGUUCAGCCCAGUUUGACCCCUGUGUCCCCAGUUUAUCCCAGUUUGGUCCUCCCAGUCUUCCCCAAUGCCUUCCCAGUACCUCCCAGUUCACCCGGUUCCCCCAGGUCACUGGUUCGGUGGCACAUCGAGGUCCUGGCCGAGGGCAGCUUCCGCCACACCCCGACCCUGCAGCUGCUGUUGGUCACUGCCGGGAGCUUGGGGACCAUCGGGGACGGGGCCUUUGCUGGACUGGUGUUACUGGAGUACCUGUUCAUCGAGGACAACGAGGUCGGGACCAUUGAACCCACCGCCCUGCGGGGCCUCCGGGGGCUCCUGUUCCUUGUUCCCCCAACAUCCCCACAGGAGUUUGGCCAACAACCACCUGGAGACGCUGCCUCAGGGGCUCUUCCAGGGGCUGGAGACCCUGAGCCACCUGGACCUGCGGGGGAACCCGUUCCGCUGUGAUUGUCGCCUGCGGUGGCUCCUGUCGUGGCUGGGGACAGUCCCCUCCUCCCCUGAGACUGCUGGGCGCUGCCGCAGCCCCUCCCCCCACCAAGGGACCCCCCUUGCCCACCUGGACCCCCAGGACUUCCAGUGCCAGCGGGCAGAGCUCCGGCCAUUCCAGUCCCUGCCCUUCUCAUCCCUGGGGGCCGAGUCUUUCACGCUAGGGGGGCACCAGGGGGUGGCCCUGGCCCAGCCCUUUGCCGGUGCCUGCACCCUCCUGGAGUGGGACCAACUGGCUGGGAGGUUCCGGGCCCCCACCAUCAUCAACAGCUCCUCCCCAGUGGCCUGCCACCCGCUGCCCCUUGGUGGGUCCCUCUUGGUGGUGGUGGCCCAGCUCCGGGGUGGUUCCUGGGUCUGGCGCCGCUCUGGUGGCCCCGGGGCCACCUUUGUUCGCCACCAGAGCCUCGGAGCGGGGCGGCUGCGUCGCCCCCACGCCGUGGCCACCGCCCGUCUUGGGGGCCACCUGUACCUGGGCGUGGCCGACAGCUCCAAGGGUGGCACCAGCACCGUGUUCCGGUGGGGUGGGCGCGGCUUCUACCCCCACCAGACCCUCCGGGCGUGGCACCGCGACACCCACCUGGAAUUCCUGGAGCUGGGCGGGCGCCCAGCACUCGUGGUGUGUUCAGGGGCCAGGAGACCCCUCGUGUACCGGUGGAGUGGGGGGGUCUUCACCCCCCACACCGACAUCCCCCACGUACCCGACGUGUACGCGGCGAAGCACUUCCGGCUGAGGGGACACGUAUUCCUGUGCCUCACACGGUUCCUGGGGGACGCCAAGGUGAUGCGCUGGGAGGGCUCCAUGUUCCGGGAGAUCCAGCAGGUCCCGGCUCGGGGGUCGAUGAUCUUCCAGCCACUGACCUUGAGUGGCCACCGCUACGUCCUGCUGGGCAACGACUUUGCCCUGAGCCGCGUGUUCCGCCUGGGCCCCGAGGGGCACCUGGAGCCCACCCAGGAGCUGCUGGUGCCCACCCCCCGCGCCUUUGUCCCUGUCACCAUUGGCCAAUGGCACUUCCUUGUGGCCUCUAGCUUCAAAGGGGCCACCCAGAUCUACCAGCACAUGACCAUAGACCUCGAGGCAUGAGAGGACAUGGGGACAUCAACCAUCAUGUCACCAUGGACUGAUCACUUGAGGGAUGGGGGGACACCAUGUGACCAUGGACCUGGUCACCUGAGGGACAUGGGGACAUCAUCCCCCUCACCAUCAUGGACCUGGUGCCACCAUCCCCCUGAUGACCCCAUUGGCCUCGUGUUCCCUCCUGGUGUCAUCACUGCCCUGAUGUCCCCAAGGCCACCACCUCACCUUGUCCCCUCCUUUUGACACCACUGCCACAAUAUCCCCAAGGCCACCAUCAGCCUGAUGUCACCACUGAACUUGUGUCACUUCCUGCUAUCACCAUGGCCCUGAUGUCCCCUGUCCCCUCCUGGUGCCACCACCAACUCCAAAGCCACCUUCAACCUGAUGUCACCAUUGGCCCAAUUUCAUCUUUUGGUGCCACCAAUGCCCUGAUGUCCCCAAGGCCGCCGUAACCACAGUAUCACCACUGGCACAAUGUCCCCUCCUGGUGCCACCACCAACCCUAUGUCCCCAAGGCCAUUGUCCCCGCAGUGUCACCAUUGGCCUUGUGUUCCCUCCAUGUGCCACCCUCAACCCUGUGUCCCCAAGGCUCCUGUCACCACAAUGUCACCAUUGGCCUUGUGUUCCCUUCAUGUGCCAUCCCCAACCCGAUGUCCCCAAGGCCACUGUCACUGCAAUGUCACCAUUGGCCUUGUGUCCCCUCCAUGUGCCACCCACCGUCCCCAAAGCCACCAUCAAGCUGAUGUCCUCUUCUGGUGCCACCAUCCCCCUGAUGUCCCUGAGGCCACUAUCUACCCAUGUCACCUGGUCCCCUCCACGUGCCACCCCCUAGCACUGUCCCCUGUCCCCCCUGAUGUCCGCCAAGUGCCACCACCCCCCAAGAACCAAAUUACCUCUUUUUUUUUUAACCUUUUUUAUUCAUUUUCCCCAUUUGUUGGGCUGUUUUUGGGGGGUUCCACCCCAAAAUAAACCCGUCCCUCCCCCCUC